UUAACUCAUUCGCAAUUGGCCAUGCCAUUUGUCAUAUAUUCAAUAUAUUCAAUUAUUGUCACACUCGGAAUUCUGUGUCACGUCGCUGCUUUAGCUUCGCCUUUUGCCAAGCCUCAUUAUUAUUGUUGAUGCCUUUAGUUUUGUUGGGGAUUGUGGGGCCAGGCCAGCAUAAUCCCUUGGACCGUUCGCUGGCUGGCGGACAGGGGUUUAUUCAACCAAGAGGAUCGCCAUUGUACGCGUAAGCUGAUAAGAAUUAAAUAGUUUCUGUUAAGGUAAAAUCAGUUUUGCUUGAGCGCAAUGACAAGUUUGUUGAACCGAUUUAUGGCACAGCACUUAUAUAACUACUACAAAUUAUCUGAAGAUGCAAAGAUAAUGCUACACAGAGGGGUGGGGAGAUAGGAGAGAGAGAGAGAUCUUGAUGAGAACGGGCUCUGUGGGGGAAAACAUUACAAGCCAAUUGAACGCGUGGGCGGGAGACACUUGUGUAAACAGCCACACUCCACUCCCCCUGGCUAAUCGCAGUCGUAAUUAGUUGGAGCUACUUGUGUGCUCCCCUGACUAAUCAGCAAAACAAGAAAUGCGACUGCAUCUAGACUGCAUUUUCAGUGCCUUCUGAAAUGUUACGUUUAUUCUGUUUAUCUAUUCUGUUUCUGUGCAUUUUCCAAGACGACUCUCAUACCGGUUUGUAUUUCGCUGCAUUGCUUCCGAUAUGGCCAACGCAUUCCCAUUCGUAUACCCAAUAGAUGUGUGUAGAUCAGAUCUACCAGAGUGGCGCUGCUUAUAAGUGAGCCGAUCCCCAGGCGACCCUGCGCUGUUGCCUUUGAGCUGUUGAACGUAUCGAACCUCUGUCUCCGAAUCUUCUGCUGCUGCUGCUGCUGCUGCACUGUUUACUGCUGUUUGUUACGGGUGGGAGGGGCUACCAUCCCAAUAGAAACCUAACACAAAACAUUAACUGGUCUUAUCAGAAGGCCUCCCCCCAAAAAAAAAAAAAAAAAAAACAAAAAAAAACAACAGACAAGCUGAGAGCUACACGAACCGCACGAGCUUCGCCUCCCCCGUCAGUGCUCAUUGAGGCGUCGGCGUCGACAGCAGCGCACCUGAGCAGAUCCGAGCCGAGCCAAGCCAAGCAGCAGCUUCUCCCAGGUAUUUCUGUGGGGCGCAAACGCGGCGCGAGUUCAAAACGCCAGCGACUGGAGCUGGAGAAACAGACACCAACCAGACAGACUGGCAACUGGCAAUCGUCCUCGAGAGAACAUUAAGAACUACACUACGAGACAAGUGUUUACAUAGAACAUUAAGAAUUGAAUUGAAUUUGCAUUCAUUUCAAAGUGAAUGUGUGCAAAGUGAAUGUGAAUAUGCGCGAGCAGGUCGUCGUGUGAAACAUGAGCAUUUGACAUCGAAUCAAUACCCAUUCGGCCAGCCCAAAGAGUAGCCUAACCGCUUAACCGCCUUACCGCCCAACCCAAAGUUAAAACGAAAACCAAAAUCAACAUGAACAACUCCAGAAAUGUUAUGUGGAGCACAUUGGUCUUCAGCUCAAUCAUCAUCCUCUUUCAAGCCUCCAUUGGGGCCUCAGUGGACGAGCAGGAGGACUGUCCCUCCUUGGCCAAUGCCUCGUACAUGCAGCAUUCCCAACUUAUACAGACCCUAACCCAUGUAUGCCGCUACGAUCGUCUUGAGAGACCCAUUGAAUACGACACCGAUGGGAAACGGCUGCCCAUUGUGGUGAAGACACGCAUCUAUGUAUACUUCCUGCAGAACCUAAACUCGGAUCUGCUGCAGUUCAAGAUGCACGCCCUGCUGCAGUUGCGGUUCCAGGACAAGCGACUGGCCUACCAGACCUUCCAGCGCGGUGACAUUUUGGGGCAGAAACAUCUGAGCGAACGCCUCUGGCUGCCGCACAUCUUCUUUGCCAAUGAACGCGAGUCCAGCAUUCUGGGCACGGACGAGAAGGAUGUGCUGACCUCGUUGUCGCCAGAGGGCAAUGUCAUCAUAUCCACCCGCAUGCAGGCCUCACUGUAUUGCUUUAUGAACUUCAAGAAGUUUCCAUUUGACCAGCAGCUCUGCUCCACUGUUAUAGAAAGCUGGAUGUACAAUACCUCGGACCUGGUGCUGGAAUGGGAGGAGCGUUCGCCCAUCUCUUUUGAUCCGGAAAUGCGGCUUACAGAAUACAACAUGGACAAUUACUGGCACAAUACAACGAUUGUGCACUCGGAUGAAAUCAAUCUGCGUCACGGAUCAUUUCUGGGUGACUACAGUUCGCUCAGUUUCACUGUGAAUUUGAGGCGUGAAAUUGGUUUCUAUUUGCUGGAUUACUAUCUGCCCUCCAUGAUGAUUGUGGCCAUAUCGUGGGUGUCCUUUUGGCUGCAGGCAGAUGCCUCCCCUCCACGCAUUAUGUUGGGAACCAGCACCAUGUUGUCGUUCAUUACAUUGUCGUCAUCACAGAGUAAGAACCUGCCAAAAGUAAGCUACAUCAAAGUGUCGGAGGUGUGGUUCCUGGGCUGCACCUUCUUCAUCUUUGGCAGUCUGGUGGAGUUCGCCUUUGUCAAUACCAUAUGGCGUCGCAAGGAGAACAUUGAGCUGAAGAAGGUCAACAGCAAGUACAUCAUCAAAUCCACACUCACGCCAAGGCCAUCGCGUCGUCAGAUUGGCGGCAGCCUCAGCAACGAUUCCAGAGCCAGAUCAUGCUCGAGCCUGGACAACAUCGUUUCCAGCACAGAGAGCGUGCGCAACGGCAAUGGCAAUGUAAAUCAUGGCUACAACAAUUAUCUAACAGUUCAUCCGAAUCUGCCCAUCAUCAAGACCGAAUGUGCCGAUAACGUGUCCAUCUCCAGUGAGCGGAUGAGCAACGAGCACAUCAUUGACAUCGACACGGAAAAGAAGGAGACGCCGCCCACAUUUACAACCAUGACACCGCAGGAGAUUGCCAUGUGGAUAGAUCGGCGAUCGCGUUUCCUCUUUCCAGUGAUGUUUCUGGCCUUCAAUGCGCUCUAUUGGACCUUUGUCUAUGUAUUAUAAAAGAGAGAGAUAUUCAGUGAAUGAAAAUUUUUAUUGUACAUACUAUACAACGCAAUGUUGCCAUAUAAAAUGUGAAAUCUUGUCUGUUUGUGUUGCUCUUUUUUAAGCAAAUAAUUAUAGUAAUUAAGUUGUAAGAUGCAUCAUCUCAUAGUUGUACAAAUGUUGAUCAUAAAUAUAUAUACUAUAAUAUA